GCCCGGGUUUGUCUUUUUUUCCCGUUGCCCAACUCCCUCUCUCCCACUCGUUUUCGAAUUUCAAAUAUCAAACGGCUUCGCACGUCUCUCCUCCCCAUUAACCCACUUCAAGCUAGGAUUUCUCACUGGUUUCUUCCUGUUUCCAAUACACUCUCGGAGAGAAAGCUGUGAUUUUUUGGUAGAAAGGAGAGAAUUUGUGAAAUGGGUGGUUCUGGGAAGUGGAUAAAGUCGCUGAUUGGUCUCAAGAAGCAGGAAAAGGAUGAACUUGAGAAGGUGUGUGGUGGAGGCAGUGGGGAUAAGAGCAGGAAAUGGAAGAAGCUAUGGAGGUCUUCCUCGGGAGAUCGUGGAUUUUUGUGGAGGGGUUCAAAGGGAAACAGCCGGCGGUCGGCAUCAGAGGCUUCGGAAACUUCUUCAGUGGCCACUGCUGAUGCCUUCACUGCCGCCAUGGCAGCAGUUAUACGUGCUCCGCCCAAAGAUUUCCUCGCUUUGCGUCAGGAGUGGGCAGCCAUAAGAAUACAGACAGCUUUCCGUGGUUUCCUGGCUAGAAGAGCUCUGAGAGCGCUGAAAGGGAUAGUUAGGCUUCAGGCGUUGGUUCGAGGUCGUCAGGUGCGGAAGCAGGCGGCAGUCACCUUAAGAUGCAUGCAAGCUCUUGUUCGAGUCCAAGCACGGAUUCGCGCGCGGAGAGUAAGGCUUUCAACCGAAGGGCAGGCUGUGCAAAAGAUGCUCGAGACCAGGCGCACCAAAGUGGAUAUCUUGAAAGAGGCCGAGGAAGGCUGGUGUGAUAGUCAAGGUACACUAGAGCAAGUGAAAGUUAAGUUACAGAUGAGGCAAGAGGGUGCUAUCAAGAGAGACAGAGCCAUGGCUUACUCUCAUUCUCAACAAAAAUGUAGGUCCUCCUCAAGUGGGAGGUCUAACCACUCUCUUGCUUCAAUGAAGCUACAUGAUUUAGGUAAGAAUAAUGUCAACUGGAGCUGGUUAGAGCGCUGGAUGGCAGCAAAACCAUGGGAAAAUAGGCUGAUGGAGCAGCAGGCCACCAAUAGAGAACCAUCUGAGGUUCAAUCUUUGAAGAACUCUGAAGAUUUCCAUGGUGCAUGUUCAAAGCUGUCUGAUUCCAGUUCCAAGGUUUCUGAAGCUUGUUUGAUUAAAGUCAAGAAAAACAGCGUAACGAAAAGGAUUUCAGUGAAACCUGUACCUACUUUUAACAACAAUCAUCAAGCUAGGUCUUCUUCAUCACCAAGUUAUGAAUUUCAUUAUGAUGAGAGUUCACCAUCAUCUUCUUCUUUCUGCACAUCAACCCCAACAUCUGCUACAACUAUCUUAGCAUCAAGAAGGACAGAAGAUACCUGCGGUAGCAGGCCAAGUUACAUGAACAUGACUGAAUCAAUCAAGGCAAAGCAGAGGAAUUCAUCUAGUCAAAGGACAAGAAUGCAUAAACAAUCUUUCUUUCAUAAGAAGACAUCAUCCUACAUUGACAUAAAGAACAGUGACUCUCUUGAUCCUACAUUGAGUUCUUCCAGAUUGUUAAAUUCUAUGCCUCCAAGGGAAAAGAAUUUGGUGAGUAGCUUCGACAAGGAAAACUACUACUUUGAAUGAUGAUUAGUUUCUGUUUUUAAUUUGUUUUUGGGUAGGUUGCCUCGGUUGUAUGGCUUCCUUGGUUUUCCGAGUGCUUUUUUAUUGUCAACUUCUUGUUGUAUUGUGAGUGGUAUGUUGUAAAGUUUGUCUAAUUCAGUUUUUUGUGUUGGACUGAGAACUAGUAGGAUAUGUUUUGCCUGCCGGUUCACCUAUUUUAUGGUAUUUCUUUGCAUUCAAUGCUAGAUCUUAGUUGGCUUA